AUGGACAUCUCCUUGUUUCUGGUUUUGGGCUAUCUUGGCCUUGUCAUGAUUGCUCAAGUGGUGACCUGUGAUCCUCCACCAAAAGUGGCUCAAGGCAAUUUCAUCCCUCCUCUGGACAUCUACCAUUAUCCAACCGUUAUACAAUACUCCUGUGACCCAGGUUAUGUUCGCAAUGGAUCCGAACAUCGACAUUGUUCCGAUGAUGGACAAUUCAAACCUGAUCCACCUGUUUGUGUCAAGGUUAACUGUCCUGAGCUGGAGAUUGUAAAUGCCGAGAUGGUUUCAGGCGCUCGACCCCCGUACGGGCACAUGGCGUCCGUGACGUUUGAGUGCAUAUCUGGAUACAAGAUGGUUGGCUCUCCCACCGUGACGUGUGACAUCAACAGUCGCUGGUUACCGAAACUUCCAAGUUGUCGGCGAAAAGAAAGUCCUAAAUUGACUACAACGGUUACAACCCCUAAGGCCAAAGUGACGCCAACAACAGCCUCUUCUGAACCAGAUCCUGAAACGGAAAACAAAAAUGAUGGUAGUCAUUUGGGGAUGUCUCUGGGUAUUGCUUUUGCAGCUAUCGGAAAGGCCACUCCGACCAUGAGGCUACCACAGAUGUGGAGGGGAUGGUGCUCUCGUGAUGGCAGGACUCCUGCUGGCACAACAUUGCUAGAAAUGGGAAGAGGACUGUAACUGAUGUCUGUGUCGAGUGGACGUCGAAUUAGUUUCUCAUGACAGAUCAGUAACACAUUCCAGUUAGCACUAUGCUCGAAUUUUGGUUUUUGUCAGCGCAUUUUUGAAAACAAUAAUAUACAUAACAGUUCCCCUCACUUUUACUUCUAAUUUUCCACUUACAUUGAAAUGCAGGCAGUGCAUCUUAGGUAUGCCUAAAUGGAAAAUGAACUUCCCAUGAUCAGUACAAUUUGACUCGGUGGUCGAAAUCAAAUGUGCACUUUGCUUCAAGCGUGUCAGAUUUCCCCCAAUAACCCGAAUGGGAUCUCUGAGAUGGAAGGAGGAAAAAGUUUAUUAUUUAUGUCUUCGUGCACUUCAAGUGUAUUAGUUGUGGCAAUUAUGACUGCCAAAGUUUUGCAUUGUCAUGAGCCUGCUGUGUGACAGCCGUGAGAGGUUUUGUUAUGGCUAAAAAAAAAAAAAAAAAAAUGAAUGUAUUGUAAAUUGCCACUAGUUAAACGUUACCUUUAAGCACUGUUUAAUUUGAUGUUUGCUCUGAUUUAAAAUAAGCUUUGAUUUAUAACUUAUGAAUUAUGACUGCCAAAGAUUUGUAUUGUCAUGAACCUGCUGUGACAUGAGAGGGUUUUGUCUUGGCUGAAAAAAAAAUGUAUUGUAAAUUGCCACUACAUUACCUUUUAAGCACUGUUCAAUUUGUUGGGUUUUCCCCUAUUUGAAAUGUUUUAGAAGGUAAAUUAAAUAAAGUUUAAGAAUAGCCA